AUGGCGGCGGCCGAGCGGGAGGCCUGUGAGGAGGCGGCCGAAGAGGCCGAGGAGCAGCGGGCGGGCCCCGCGUCGGCCCCGGCCCCGCUCAGCCUGACGGAGCUGCCGGGCGAGCUGCUGGAGCUCAUCCUGUGCUGCGGCUCGCUGGGCGCCGCCGACCUGGGCCGCCUGUCCUGUUCCUGCCGCCACCUGAGGGACGCCUGCCAGCCCCGCGGGAAGGUCUGGCGGGAGCAGCUGCGGCGCAGCCUUUCAUUUCCCUCCAUGCGGCUCUCGAUUUCUCUCCUCAUGUACGACGAGACGACAGAAGUGAAGAAGCGUUUCACCGCAAAGGUGCCCUGUGAUGGUUUCACUGAUAUUGAGACUCUUGAUUGCCCCAGCCAUUUCUUUGAAGAUGAGCUGAUGUCCAUUCUUAAUACAGGAGGCAGGGGCCGUGCUGGUUGACCAAUACUGCAACCCUUUAUCGGACAUCUCCCUGAAGUGUAUCCAAGUUCAGAUCGAUGACAUUGCUGCUAAAGUGUGCAAAUUCCUCAAAUCCAAAAACCCCAGGCAUCCCACUGUGGACCGAAAAGCAGGUAUGGCCUUCAGCACAGUUCUCUUGGCUCAGCUUUUUCUGCGAUACGGCUACAACUGUGUCAUCUACGGGUGGGACCCAGUGUGCAUGAUGGGGCACGAAUGGAUCCGAAACAUGAAUGUCCACAGCCUGCCCCAUGGCCCUCAACAGCCUUUCUACAACGUUUUAGUGGAAGAUGGCUCGUGCCGAUACGCCGCCCAAGUUGCCAAGUGUCCAAAUUUUGAUCAUGUGACCAUGGGCUGCUACAACAGUCACAAGAGCACAAAUAUAUUUGACUACACGUACAUCGAUGCUUUUGGGAAGGGGCAGCAGCUGACGGUCAAAGAAUGUGAAUACUUGAUUGGGCACCACGUGACGGAGGAGUUUUACGGCGUGGCAACAGCCAAAGAGGUUCUGCAGCGGAUGGUGGGCAACUUGCUAAAUAUUGGAAAGCGGGAAAGCACUGACCAGUCAUACCAGCUCCUGAGAGACUCUCUGGACUUGUAUUUGGCCAUGUAUCCGGACAACGUCCAGCACCUAAUGCUCCAAGCGAGACUCUAUUUUCACCUGGGAAUCUGGCCAGAAAAGGUUCUGGACAUCCUGCAGCACAUCCAGGCCUUGGACCCUUCCCAGCAAGGAGCCGUGGGGUAUCUAGUCCAGCACACCCUCGAGCACAUCGAGCGUCGGAAAGACGAGGCCGGGCCCGAUGUGAAACUCCAUUCGGACGAGAAACACAAAGACAUCACCUUUUCCAUCGGCCUGGUUAUGAAGCACAAAAGGUGAGAGCCACCACCAGCUGCAAAAGUGGGAAUCAACAUCUGUACAACCAAAAAAAAAACCAACUCCAAACAGUGCAAGAGAGGCGUGUUUUUGUCAGCCUUGUAAGGUAGACCAGGAAAACACAUCACCAAGUGGGACACUUGUUUUAUUUUUUCUUAGAGUAAUAAGUAGAAGAGAUGAAACAAGAAUAAUGAAUUCCUAAAUAGAUUAUCUCAUCUGUCUUUCUGUCAAUCUAUCUGCCUGCCUGCCUCUCUCUCUCUCCCUCUCUCUUUCUCCCUCUUUC